AUGGACGCCGGUCACAUCAUCUUAGGGCGGCCUUGGCAAUCUGAUAGGCGUGUGAUCCAUGAUGGAUUCACAAACCGCUACACUCUUCUUCAUGAGGGCCGUAAAACCACUUUGAUUCCUUUGAGUCCACAAGAAGAACACUUGAUUGGCUUGACUCAUACUCCACCGGAGAUUCCGAGUGAACUAGCUCAACUUUUGCAGGACUUUAGUGAUGUCUUUCCUGAGGAUAGUCCACCAGGCUUGCCUCCUGUCCGAGGUAUUGAGCACCAGAUUGACUUUGUCCCCGGCUCCACUUUACCAAACAGGCCGGCUUACAGAACCAAUCCGGUUGAGACCAAGGAGCUUCAGCGCCAAGUGGAUGAACUCAUGGAGAAAGGCCACAUUAGAGAGAGCAUGAGCCCCUGUGCUGUUCCUGUUCUUCUUGUUCCUAAGAAGGAUGGAAGCUGGAGAAUGUGUGUCGACUGCCGCGCCAUCAAUAACAUCACUAUUGAUCUUAAGAGUGGUUAUCACCAAAUCCGGAUGAAGGAAGGUGAUGAGUGGAAAACCGCCUUUAAAACCAAGCAUGGUCUAUAUGAGUGGCUUGUGAUGCCAUUUGGCUUGACCAAUGCGCCAAGUUUUGUGGUGAGUGCAGAUGGCGUACAGGUUGAUGAAGAGAAGGUCGCAGCUAUCGGGAUUGGCCUAGUCCUAAGACCGUUGGAGAGGUCAGAGCUUUCAUGGCUUGGCCGGAUUCUAUCGGCGGUUUGUUAA